AUGGAGGUGGCCGAUAGCAGAGAACAAGCCUCCGUUGGUCCCUCAACGGGGGCAGAGCCAAGACUUCCAAAUGGCGAGCGAAACCCCUUUCUGGAUGACCCGCUCAUGGACGACGAUGGACGCUCAAGUAGCUUGAGUGAGAUCGACGACGUUUCGGACAAUGAGCCUUCUGACUUUGAAGAUCCCAUCAAAUCGGAUAAGCUCGAGAACGAUUCGGAAGCGGAAACGGAGCGCAUUGAGGAUUCUCCCCACAACAUUCGGAAACGAGACAUUGUUUUAAGUGCCGCAAGUGCCGGCCCAAGUCCCAGCAAGCUUCAUCAAUCCACGACACUCGAGGAUGUCGAUGAUGAAGAACUUGUGGCGGACGACUCACCGAGCAAACCGCGACGUUCUUCGAAGAACAAUGGCUUGACCGACGAUAUCCCAGACCUCGGUGGCCACGGCGACUCCGAGUUUUCAGAGAGCAUCGGCAACAAACGAAAACGCGUCGAAGGCGGUGAUGAAACCGGCACCGAGUUGGGCGACGAAGAACCCUUGAAGAAACGUCGGAGCUCCAUCAAGAGUGACUUGUUAAGUGACCCGAUGGACGAUGAUAUCCCUCUUUCGCCGGAGCCGCUCGACAAUUCUCACGAUGUCAACGAAGAUGGUACACUGGUUGACGAUGUUCCUGAGUCGGACCUGCCAGCCCCGCCUUCGAAGAGCAAAAAGGGCAAAAAGGGUAAGCGGAAAGGAAAGAGAGACCAAGAUGCCGAUGGGGAGGCAGAUCCCGGCAUCGAAGGCACGUUAGAAGAUGUCGCUGAUGAGAUUGUUGGAGAAGACGAGGAGCCCGCAGAACGAGAUGAGCCUGAUGGCCCCGAGGCAGUUCUUCGAGCUGAAGAGUCUGUGAAAAAGAUGUCUGCUAUGGAUUCACUGGCGACAUUGGAAAAAGAGUUUGCAACGUUACGUGACAAGAUUUAUGACGAACGUAUAUCCAAACUCAAUCGCGAGUUGGAGAUGCUUACCGGGCCGAACCCAACACAUCCCGAGUAUUUGCGCCAGAUUGAGUGUGUGCAACGUCACUGCGCCUCUAAGGUCGAAUACGAGGACAACUUGUACCGAUACCGCAUGAAGUCACUCAUGCACAAGGCCCUGGCCGAGCGAGCGCAGGCACACAGCACUUACUUCCAGCGAAUUCGUGACGCACGCGAACGGCAUUCGAGUGCAAUCAGCAAGCAGUUUUAUGCCAUUCAACACGAUCGCUUCAAGACAGAUGAGCUCAGUCCACAUCAUAUCAUUCCAUUCCCCACUCGUCGCUCGCAGCAAAUCGCACAUCAGGCUGCAUACAACCAAGAGGUUUCCAUUAUGGCUGGUGUGGCCAAGUAUGUCGGUUUCCCUGCUGCUCCGUCCUUGAUGGGCGCACGUCCGAACGAACUCGAUGAUGAUCUCGAGAAGAUGGGGAUCCCCAAUGAAUCACGGGCUUCGGCACCGCGGCAUUCAUCGGCGGUCCCACCGCGGCCUAUCGUGUCUACCAUGUCUUCCAAUGUCUUCCGUACGGCAGAAGAAGCGUUCCUCGAACAGACUCCUUGGGCCAACCCACAACACCCUAUUCAUCAGCAGCAACAACAACAUCACCAUCAGCCUCCACAGCAAUAUCGGCCGCAAGAUCGCACACUUGAGCAUCCGCAACCCUCAUCAUAUACCACACCAGCUGCUCAAAAGAGGAUGGUGGAUAUUCAUGCUCCCAAUGGCUCGGCAUCCACUAUUCCUGAGAAUGCCUCGGCUGCCAACUCAUCGGCCAACAACACCCCUUACGGCAUGGAGCAUGAGCCAAGGCAUCAGACCCAAGGAACCUUCCACAAUCCCGACUAUGAUGCAGACCAUCGCAAAUCAGGGUUCCGGUCCUUAAGCUCAUCCCCGUUGGAUGUGCGGAAAUCACAGCCACAUCUCUCUCAUGCCCUCGAGCACCGCUCUACUGUCACCGACCCCCCUCUCACAAUCAUGUCUUCUCUCCUCCUCCCGCGCGGCAUGGACGGAAUAUAA